AGCCAUGUCUUUGCCAGGCAGAAGGCGCAUGUGUUCCUGAACGGCGUCGGUCAACUAUAGGGAUUCACCUGUAGGUAUCCUUACUCAGAGGGGGGUACAGAGAACAAACGUGGACUGUGUUCUUCUAAGGAGAGAACUCUGAGUGAUUUGGUCAGGGGACAUGUGGGUUAGUGAGAACGGCAGAGGGCCUGAGUUCUGCUUGGGGAACCGACUGGACAGAAGGCAGCGGAACCCUCCACUCAGGAAUCUCCACCGGCCCAGAUGUCCCAUCAACGCCGCCAGCUGGCCGCGUGGCUCUGGCUCAGUCCUCCGCCAGGAGAAGGCACCUUGUUAUCUGUCCUUUGUCAGUAAGGCCAUCCUGUGGGACCGGGCAUUCAACCAGUGGACAGACCAUACUGCCCCUGAUGGACGUCCCUCCCUGUGUCCUCGUUUCCUGGCCCACAUGAAGGCCUGUCCUGCAGACCUUAGACCCCGAUGUUUCCUAUCCAGCAAGCCCAGGCCACGACCUCCUCAGCAGGGACAGACUGAAGUAAGACAAUCCUUGAGUGCACCGAAGAUGCAUGCAUAUACAGUGUCCAGGAGCAGACCGCAGUACCCCAACACCACCAGGAGGAGGUGCUCCGCUGUUGUUGUUCCCUGUGUUCCAACACCAGUUUCACCCUGUCCCAGCAGAGCCUCCCCUGAGCUCCGUGUCACUGAAUCUAGGCCACCAAGUAUCAAUCCCCACCCUGAUUCGGCCCCACCUCAGAUCCAUCAUCCGGAGGGGGGGACGGAUACCAAGGAUGAGGCACUAGAGAGGGGGGAAGUCCUCUUGGCUACUUCAGUGGCCUUCUGCCCUCCAGGGCCAGACUUAGACCUCAGUUGUGGGCCUGAAGACACUGGUCCCUUGGCCUCUCCGGUACCUAGUUUCUCAGAGGGUUCGCUCUCAGACUUCACUCGUCCCCCAUCCAGCCAGUUCAGCCGGAGCACUGACCUGAGUAGUGGACGAAGCAGUGUCCUAUCUGAGGAUCUGAGUGGCCUGAACUCUCCACUCUCCCGGCUCUGCUCCCCUUCCAUGUCCCUGUCUGCUCUGGCCUCCUGCACCCCACAGGACUCCCCAACACCCCAACCCCUAAACCCAACCCUUCACCCACCUCUCCACCGCCCUGUCUCGGACCAGCUACAGCGCCGCUCAUCUGACUGGACUACCCCGGAGCCCCAGUCGGGCUAUGUCCUUUCACGUUACCCAGAACCAUCCCUGGACCCCAACCGGGACUGUGCUGCCCCAUCUUUUCCCUCAGAGACCUGGCGGUCCAGUCCUAGCCCGCAAUGCGGAAUAACCCUCAGGCCUGGGUCAGGCCUGGUCUCAGGUUCCGCCUCACCUUCUACGACGACUGAGAGGAAAGAAUGGACGUCAAGCCGCUGGUCUGUCCUUCCCCCGAUCUCUCCAGCAAGAGAUGGCAGUGACACAGUGGCUUCUCAAUCGCGCUGUUCUCAGGUCAGCUCAAGCCAGUCCCGUGUGUUUGAUGAACUGGAGGCCGUCGCCCCCCGGACAUCCUUCUGUCCGUCCCUGGACCACCCUCUCAGCUCAGCAGACUGCAGCCCACCUGGCACAGAUAUGUCCCCUGGCCUUGCUGCUCUGACAGUAGGUUGUGACAUGGGGGAGCUGGGCUCCCUUUCCCGGGUGCAGCUCCUGCUCUUGGACCGACCGGAACCCAUGAACCCGCGCUUUCUCUCUGGUCAACACCAGCACUCACUGGGAAAGGAUGUAACAAGAGGCCACACUGCCAAGCUCAGCGCCAGCAGACCCGGACCAUGUGCCACAGGCGUCCUACAGCCCGUCACAGCUGCCAGCUGUGGAAACGGCAGUGCUUCGGAGAGGUGUGCUGCCACAGGCGAAGUCCGUGGAGAGCGUGAACUCACGAUGCCAGGAGACCCGGAGGAUGGCCCCAGGUCUCCGUGGUCGUGGACCGGUGACUCCGGUCCAUCCGACAUCAUCUCCAGGUCUCCCUGCUCACCCUGCCAGUACAGCUGUGAUGGGGAGGAGUCGGACAGCCAAACAAGCCAGGCCUCUACUACCCUGAAUGACAGAAACUCAGGCCCCGGCCCUGACCAGGAAGCCUCAGAGAGGGAGGAGCCUGGUUGCACUCUCCGAGGGGAGCGUGUCGGAACUUCCGCGGGUGGGAGGAGGAGACCUGGGAGGACGGAGCGCAGAAUGAGGCAGAAGGAGCGAAUAAGGGAAGAGAGAAAAACAAAGGUGCUGAACAUCUACUCCAAGCUCCAGGACAGAGGUGCCCUCCAGCCGAGCCACAACCGGGGGCGCUCCAAGUUCGAGGACUUCAACUUCUUGGCAAAGUAUUGCAUUUUCAGCCAGGAGAAACUGACAGAAUACAAAAGGGCUUUUGAAGCGGUGGACAGUGACAGAGAUGGUUACAUCUCCUGCUUGCAAGUGCUGUUGGGACUGAAGAAGAUCAUCCCUUCAGAACUGCUGUCUGAUGAGGAAGAGAUCUACGUCUACAGAAUACUCGAAAUGGUGGAUUUCAGGGUGACAGAUGGACUUACAGACCUGCGGCUCUUUGCGGUGAUUGCCAGUCUGGCACAGAAAAUAGCCACCAUGGAUGUGUUCAUGCGUUCCCUUAUAAGCAAAAUGGACUUUCGUUCUUUGGAGUUGAAGCUUUACAAGGCAAAGCAGCUGUUCCUGUUCCUGCUGGAGGGGCAGUCAGGAGGCUCUGUAGCCCAGCAAGGCUGUAUCAGCGCAGAGCAGCUCCUGGUGGAGCUGAAGGCCGGGGGCGUCCGACCGGAACAAGAGGAAGCCAUCAAACAGGAGCUCCAACACGUCGGCUCCCUGGACCUGCUGGACUUCCUGGCGUACCUGCCCCUCUUCCUCCUCAUCCACAACUCGGUCAUCACCAACCCACUGGAUGACUCCAGCAACCUGUGAUGUCAUCCUUUACCCAGGGUGGACUCAGUUCUAUUGUAUCCUGCCUCUACACGGUGGUUACAAAGUUACACGCUCACUUGCUGAAGAUCGUCCUCCUUUUUUUUUCCCCCUUCUUAUUUUAGUAGUUGGGAACACUUUUAAUGUUGUUGGGUUUUUUUUGUGUGUCGUCUGAGGCGUUUCUUCAAAAGGGCUUUGGAAACUCCCUUUGGAAUAUGUAUUUAGAAAUGACCUACCCCUGUGCUUUGGGCUACAGAAGGUGGACAUUUAGGCUUGAGAAUGGUGCUGUCUAUGGUACUGAAAUAUGUGGGGCUUUUCAAUUGCAGUUCAUGUUGAACAAGUAAUUCACUGAAUACGGCCAUAACAGGUUUAGACUCUAAUAAGGAUGUGUUGCUAAUUGUCUGCCAAAUGUUAAAAUGCGGCCACAAAUUGAAAAUCAUGCAAAACCUGCUGUUGAUAUGAGCGUCUGAUUUAUGCCAGACCCUUGCACUGUUUAUUCCGACGGGAAUAUGAUGGCUCACAACUUCAGCAUCUUGAUGAUGUGCCAUUAUCAAAAUAAAAAAGGGCAAGUGUAGUCUAACCUAAAUCUCCUAUGUGUUUUCAAUCUCUUAGCUUAAGGUGAGAGCGUCCGGAAAGAAAUUGCUGAUUAGAUAUGGCAGUGUGCUCUUUAUUUUCCAUCACGCUUCACAGAGUCGGUGAGGAAAGCAUUAAUGCACUCUGACAGGCGGUUACGGAAUUGUUCGGACCAUUCAUUGCUUUUUUCGGGUGGCUGUUUCAUACAAAUGCUAUAAUGCCUAAUAAGGGUACCAAAGAGCGCCGCAAAUAUUGCCGGUUUUUUCUUCUUCUUGCAAAUAGCAGAUGUUGUUGCUGGUGUAGUUUCAGUGCCUUAACAACACAGUUGACUUACUCUAACAUUUAAAAUCUCUACACAAGUACAAUUUACAAAUGUUCAAAUGGAUCAUCAAAAUGGCAGUCUACCCAUAUAUCAGUCCAAGCAAGAUAGUAAAAAUCUAAAUCUACUUAACAAGGCAGAAAUAAAUGGAAAGGGACUAGCAUUCAGUACCAGUGUCCACAAUAAACGUGAGACAGUAGCGUGGAGCGAAUGGGUGCAUGCUGGUGGUAGAUUAUGCAUGUGUACAUUGAGUGUGGGUGAUUGAGUUAUUGAGAGAGAGGGUGUGUUAGUUGAGUGUGUGUGAUUGUGAAUGCGAUGACUGCGUGUAAAUGAGCUGGUUGUGUAUGUGGCCCUAGGGUGCAGGUUAGAGUGCAGGGCGGAAAGGUACAAUCCCAUUUCCAAAAGAGUUGGGACGCUGCGUAAAAUGUAAAUAACAACAAAAUGCAAUGAUGUGCA